UCAGCCAUAUUGACUGUCUGUACCUCUUCUCCGGGAGAGGUGGGAGCUUCAACCGCUAAAAGCGCGUAUCACUGUGCACUGCCGGUAGCCUACGCAGCGUGUCCGGUAAACAGCGCCGACAACGGGAAGGUGAAACGCUCUAUUUUUACUCUCCGUGGAUAAAUUAAGUACCAGCUGGAGGGAGGGUGACACUUGGACACAUCCUCCUCAGCGCAGCCGGGCGUUAGAGGCGCUGGUGCCCGGAGAAAGGCAGGAAGACGGAGGACGACUUCUUUCUGUUUUGUCAGCAAACGGGGACGGGCGGAGAGAGGAGAAAGAUGCCCAAACCGAUCAAUGUGCGUGUCACCACCAUGGACGCUGAGCUGGAGUUUGCCAUCCAGCCCAACACGACAGGCAAACAGCUCUUCGACCAGGUGGUGAAGACGGUGGGUCUGAGGGAGGUGUGGUUCUUUGGCCUGCAGUACACCGACAGUAAAGGCUACAUCACGUGGCUCAAACUCAACAAGAAGGUGACCCAGCAGGAUGUGAAGAAGGAGAAUCCUCUGCAGUUUAAGUUCAGAGCAAAGUUCUUCCCGGAGGACGUUUCUGAAGAACUCAUCCAGGAGAUCACACAGAAACUCUUCUUCCUGCAGGUGAAAGAGGCCAUCUUGAACGAUGAGAACUACUGUCCUCCAGAGACAGCCGUGCUGGUGGCCUCCUACGCUGUCCAGGCAAAAUACGGAGAUUAUAGCAAAGACAUCCACAAGUCGGGAUACCUGGCCUCAGACCGGCUACUUCCGCAGAGGGUUCUAGAGCAGCACAAGCUAACUAAGGAGCAAUGGGAGGACAGAAUACAGACCUGGCACGAGGAGCACAGAAGCAUGCUCAGGGAGGAUGCCAUGAUGGAGUAUCUGAAAAUAGCUCAGGACCUGGAGAUGUACGGGGUUAACUACUUUGAAAUUAAAAACAAGAAAGGCACGGAGCUUUGGCUGGGGGUCGACGCCCUCGGACUCAACAUCUACGAGCACGAAGACAAGUUGUCACCAAAGAUCGGCUUCCCCUGGAGUGAGAUCAGAAACAUUUCCUUCAACGACAAGAAGUUUGUCAUCAAGCCCAUCGACAAGAAAGCUCCAGACUUUGUCUUCUACGCCCCUCGGUUGCGGAUCAACAAGCGCAUCCUGGCGUUAUGUAUGGGAAACCACGAGCUGUACAUGAGGAGGAGGAAGCCCGACACCAUCGAGGUGCAGCAGAUGAAGGCUCAGGCCAGAGAGGAGAAGCACCACAAACAGAUGGAGAGAGCACAGCUUGAGAACGAGAAGAAGAAGCGCGAGCACGCAGAGAAGGAGAAGGAGCGGAUAGAGAGAGAGAAGGACGAGCUGAUCGAGAGGCUGAGGCAGAUCGAGGAGCAGACGCAUCGAGCUCAGAAAGAGCUGGAAGAGCAAACCCGUAAGGCCCUGGAGUUGGAGCAGGAGAGGAAGCGAGCGAAGGAGGAGGCGGAGCGGCUGGAGAGGGAGAGGCAGGCGGCCGAGGAGGCCAAGGCGGCGCUGGCUCAGCAGGCAGCAGAUCAGAUGAAGACACAGGAACAACUGGCUGCAGAGUUAGCUGAGUUUACAGCCAAGAUCGCCCUGCUGGAGGAGGCCAAGAGGAAAAAAGAAGAUGAAGCAACAGAGUGGCAACACAAAGCUCUGUCAGCACAAGAUGACCUGGAGAGGACCCGGGAGGAGCUGAAGUCGGCCAUGACAUCACCGACACAUACAGAAGAGGAUGAAGAGGACGAAACGAACGCAGAGGCGAGUGCUGAGCUGCUCAGUGACGGCGUCAGCAGCCAGCGCAGCGAAGAGGAACGCAUCACUGAGGCUCAGAAGAACGAACGCGUCAAGAAACAGCUACAGGCUCUGAGUUCAGAGUUGGCCGAGGCCCGUGACGAUACCAAGAAAACGCAGAACGACAUGCUGCACGCUGAGAAUGUCCGGGCGGGCAGAGACAAGUACAAAACCCUUCGCCAGAUCCGCCAAGGCAACACCAAGCAGCGUAUCGACGAGUUCGAGUCCAUGUGAGUCGGGGUAGAGGAUGGACACAACCCUGAAAAGAGACUGUUAGUCUCGUUGCCAUGUCAACGCCUCCCUUUCCUUGUCAAGCCCAAAAACCUGCUGCCACCGAGGACCUCCUGCUUAUUUUCUAUCCAGGAGAAAGACCGGCUAACGGGCUUCGUAGCUUCAGCCUCGCCAAAGCUCUCCCUAGCAGCGGUUGGCCAAUCCCACUGCUACCUGCUUUUUAGAGCUCCGCCCCCAGCCCAAUGAAAAAGCACACACCUUUUAAUAUGUCAGAAAAAUAGCAAGCAACAUCUCCUGUCAAACAUGGACCUCUCCCCUCCACAAUACUGACAGUUUUAACGCUUGCAUGUAUGAUACUAAAGCAGCAACAGGGCUGUUCGUCUUAAAAACUGAACAGAUUUGGUUGGUAUCGUGCUUUUACUCAAAGAAAUUAAAGGGCCACCUGUAGCUUGUUGAUGUUGCCGGCACGCUUGUCUGUAAAGCUUUAAUAUCUGUACCUUAUUUUGCUUCUUUUGUCAUCAGUUGAUCGAUUUAAAUAACUUGUUUUAAAAAAAAAAAAGAAACCGCCUUAUUUGUCUCAAUUCCUUUUUUUUGUUUUCAUUCUGUGUUGGGAAAGUUAGUGUGCUCAGUUCCUGCGGUCAGUGACAUCGAUACGUUAGCGUUGCUUCAGCUAACUUCUCGAAUGGCCGUCACUUUGCAAAUGCUCCUUUUUAGACUCAUGAGCAAAACACCUUUUACAAAACUAAAUAUGCUUGUUUUACACCCUUACUGUGCUGGUACCCCCCCCCCCCCCAUCCAUAUUGACAUUUCUUUUAAUCUGUAUGUUGCCCAUAAUAAAGAAUUAAUUUAUAUUUCCAA